UUCCGGCGCCUAUAGUCCUCCCGUGGCCAAGCAUCGGCUGCAAAAGGAAAACCCCGACCGCCGAGAACCAGACGCUCCCCCACUUCCAAAAAAAUCCCCCGAAACCCCCGCCGAAGGACCAGAAGCGCAGCCGAAACCCCGAGGGAGACGCAGGGAAACCGAGUCGAGAGGGGCGUGAGCAUGACCAUGAUCUCCAAGGGCACUCUGGGCAUCUGCGCUGGCGUCGCCGGGGCACUGUUCCUCGGGUACUGCAUCUACUUCGACCAGCGGAGGAGGAGCGACCCCGAGUUCAAGAAAAAACUGAGGGAGAGGCGUCGUAAGACAGCCAAGAGCAGUGCAGCAGGUGGCAAGUCAGUCAACUGGCCCAACCUCAAGGAUCAGGAGGCUGUGCAGAAGUUCUUCCUCGCACAGGUCCAGGCUGGAGAAGAGUUGUUGGCACAGGGUGAGGUGGAGGCGGGCGUGGAGCACCUCAGCCGGGCCGUGGCAGUGUGUGGGCAGCCUCAGCAGCUCCUGCAGGUCCUACAGCAGACACUCCCCCCUCAGGUCUUCCAGAUGCUCCUUCAGAAGCUGCCAGCCGUUGGGGAGAGCAUCCUACAGGCAGCUGGAGGGCCCAAAGUGAGUGAGGAAGAUGUCGAAUGAAGGCCAAGUGUUUAAUCAAAGGCAUCCCCCCCUCCUUUCAGAAGGACUCCUUGUUGGUAUUGUCUUCAGAGGGGGAACACCCUCUUGAACUUCCCUCCCCUCCCCCAUACCCUUCUUCAUGUAUCCCCAAAGAUUGUGAUACCGUUAGUGGCGUACACACACACACACAAGUACACAUACAAGGACACAAGGUUGGUCUUCUAGCUUAAAAAUGUCUUGCUGGUUAUAUUGUGAUGUAAAGAAGAAAGGAGGAAUUGGUAGGAGAUAAAGAGAAUGUUUAUGUUGCAUUAUGGCUUUGCUGUGAUCAGGAAUGCCCAAAACCUGUGAGUGCAUAGGUGUCUUGGUGUAAAUACCAUGGUACAAAAAUGGGAAAGAGAAAAAAAUGGAAAUUGUGUAGUGGUCCGUGUGUGUGGUCUCGCAACAUGCUUGGACGAUUAUGAUUACAUUCAGUUUCUUGUACAUUAUUUAUGAAAAUGUAGAUGCAGUGUAGUUAUUGUCAUGACUUUUUUCUUUUUUUGUUGUUGGCUUGAUAGUUCUUUCAUUUAGGAUGCCAUUAUUAUUGUUAUUAUUAUUAUUGUGUGUUUUUAGUGUAUGUAUUUAAUAUAUAUACUUAAAUUCUCUUUUUUUAUAUGUUUUCUAGUAGUUUUGGGUUCAUUUAAGAACUACAUCUUCUAUGCAUAAUUUAUCAUAUCACAGCAUCGUGAUUGUUGGCCUUGUGUAUAGUUGUUCCACCAGAUAAUGCAGGCAGAACAGUCUGAAACGUGAUUUGAACGGAAAUCUAGAAUGUGUUACCU